ACCAUCAUAAAAAAAUAAGGUAUUCUUUGGCUUAUUCAUUUACAUAUACAUUUAAGAAUCGGAUCAUGGGUAGGGUCAAGUUUGUUGGAUAACAAAGUUUAAUUAUAAUAAGAGGCGUUUAGGUCUGAGCGUGCAUGAUCAUCGCCGAACGGCUUUUAUCGGAAACCUUAUUGUUAUGUCUUAUCCAAGAUUGCCGUGCCGUAUACGAGAUCAGACCAGCAAAUAAUAACCCAUUUUAGAAGCAGAGGGACUUUAGGGUCCUAUACAUGUUUUACGUAUAUCCAUGGUGACCAAGAGAAUGAAAGGAAGGGCUACAACAAUUCAGCGCGAGAAAGAGCAGAGAGAGAAAGCUUUUGUACAAAGAGAAAGAAAGCGGAAGAUGAAAGAAGUGUUGAGUAUUUACUCUUCCCGCUUUUUCCAGGCGAACAUCUUGGGAUUGAUCCAUCUUCCUUUUGAGUUUGCCAAAGCAUCUUCAUCGUCACGCUUGAAUGCAAAGGCUGCUGGAUUUAUAAAUCGUUCGCUGUCUUCCUCACGUUUGAAAGCAAAAGCUGCUGGGUUAAUAAAUCUUUCACUGUCUUUUUUACGCUUGAAUGCGAAAGCUUCUGGGUUGAUCCAUUCUUCUUUUGCAUCUGCUAAUGGAGAUUCUUCUACUUUAUCUUCACGUUUGAAUGCAAAAGCUGCAGGGUUAAUAAAUCUUUCACUGUCUUCUUUACGCUUGAAUGCGAAAGCUUCUGGGUUGAUCCAUUCUUCCUUUGCAUCUGCUAAUGGUGAUUCUUCUGCCUUAUCUUCACGUUUGAAUGCAAAAGCUUCUGGAUUAAUCCAUUCUUCCUUUGCAUCUGCUAAUGGAGAUUCUUCUGCUUUAUCUUCACGUUUGAAUGCGAAAGCUGCAGGGUUGAUGAAAUCUUCCUUGUCUGCAUCCCGUUUGAAUGCGAAACUACUUGGGUUCACUGCCUUUUCUUCACCCUCUUCUCUCUUGAAUGCAAAGGCGGCUGGGUUGAUCCAUUCUUCGUGAACUUCACUCAAAGGUGCUGUUUCGCUACGGCUUUCGACUGUAGUGGAAAGAAUAUAGUCAGCAAAAUGUUCGAUAAAUCACCAUGACAUUUGGGUUAGGGUGCGUAUUAUAUAAGCAACAGUGCACA